AUGUUUUUAUAGUAGUUAGUGGUUCAUGAUUUGUGAGAAAACUAUUCAUUCUGAUGAACAGUAAACUUCAUAUCAAAGUGCAUCAACAUAAGUUUGUCUCUGUAUUUUAAUAUAGACUGAAGCCUUGGGAUAAAGUACACUGAAGAACUGAUCAAUAUCUAUCACUGGCUCAUAAUGGGAUAUACAAAAGUUGUCUUUGUACAAUAUAUGUAAAUAAAUAUAUAAAAACAAAUACUGCGAAAAAUGUGAGCAUCUUUAACACUGCACUGACAUAAUCUACACAGCUUUUAUGUACCAUAUACGGGGUCGUUUCCUAUUGUCAGUGUGGGUGAGAGUUUCUGUUCUCAUCAUGUCACUCCAAAACAGAGCGAGCACUAUGGAGCUGUGCAGAGACACAAUAUGUUUUCUAUUUUUUCUACAACUUCUCCAACAAAUCCUGUGUUUCAGCAACCCAACAGUGUUUUUGGAAAAGCACAUUGGGGCAGAAGUAGACAUGACUCCACUCUGCACCAAUGAUACAGACAAUUUCAUUACAAAUGUACUUUGCCACAUUCAAAAAGAAGAAAAUGGAGAUGAGUGUAAAUUAAACUAUCUAGAGGGACAGAAAAAUGAACCUGAAUGUGACUCCAGGAUUUCACUAAUGGUACAAAAUCACAGUGUGUUCCUCCGUUUGAUGGAUUUAACACCAGCAGACAGUGGAAUGUACAAGUGUUCAUGCAUAAAAGACGAGAGCAUAUUAAGACUUCAUCUCCAUGUCACUGUCAAAGAAGCUCAAGAAAAUGGAAAUGGAAGCAAUUCUGUAAAAACACCAGCUCAUAAACCACUGUGGCUGAUUGCAUUAUUUGGUAUCACAAUCAUCAUAGCGCCUCUUAUACUUGUAAUCUUUGUUAAAAAAGAAACUUCACAGGAAGGAAAUGAAAUGGACCAACAUCAAAUGGACACAUAUGCAACACUUCAGAAGCCCACAAAUGACCUAUACCAGACAGUUAGUGCCGAGGAUUUAGUGAAAGUUUCAGGCUUACAUCAAAUCAAUAAUGAAACAGUCUAUGAAAACUUGUGAUGUGUGAUUCUCAACCAACUAGAGACAUUAACUACUGUAUACAAUAGAGUAGUAGUUUUAGUAGUAAUAGGAGGAGUAGUAGUAGUAGA